AUGGCAACCCGCUCCCGGAGCACCGCUUGUCCCCCGUCCCCUCUCGAUCAAGGAGAGUUGGGACCCGCUAUUUCGGCAACCGCCGAUGAGCCAACAAGUCUCGAACCCAAGGUCUACAGGGAAAUAUCUCUCGGACAAGCAAUCUCCCUUAUCCUGGGAUUGCAAAAUCAAAUCCUCCAACUCAAGCGGGAACUCGAGGAAACAAAGGAAGCAACAAAGGAAGCCCGAGACUGGAUGGGCGCAGUCGAUCAAGCCCUCACUUGCAUUGAGGCUAGGGGUGGAGCCCCCCACACACCAGAAGACCGGAAACCUCCGGCAGUCAAGGCCACGCCCAGGCCCCUAUCCAAGACCAACACUUUUCCAGCGCCUAGUGCGCCCCUCGUCUCCUGGGCCGUCCCCUCCAAAGCUCCCCCUGCCUUUGCGCAACCAACUCCCGUCCGGGCCCCCCUGCAAGUCCAUACUCCCCCUCCACCUUUGCCUAUCCGCCUCCGCUCCCCUCAAGUCCCACAACCAGCGGCCCCUGUAGCCGCUUAUCAAACCCCUGUCAAGGUAGACCACCCUGACGCCUAUACAGGGAAAAUAGGGAACAAAGCCCGCCAAUGGCUCACGCGGAUGUUGGCAUGGGUAGGUCUGAACCAAAGGAUGUUCCCAACUGAUCAGGAGGUCCUGUCAUUCCUCCUGAUGAAUAUGAAGGACGUGGCAGGGGCAUGGGCCCACCCCCAUCUUGACCAACUAGGGUCCCACAGGGCCCUAAUUCAAUUGGUCAACAACUUCAGGACGGAGUUCUUGGCUGCAUUCGGCAACCCGGAUGCCACGCAAGCCGCUGAGCGGCAAAUCACCCACCUCACUCAGACAGGUACCUGUGCUGAGUAUAUUACAAAGUUCAGAACCAUCGCUAUGGACCUGGACUGGAAUGACGCCGCCCUUUGUGGGCAAUUCGCACAAGGCCUCCACUGGGAGGUCAGCCGCCUCAUCGCCACUCGAGAGCGGCGCCCAACUACCCUCCUGGAGCUGCAGAACGCAGCCCUGGUCAUUGACAACGCCCUCCGCGAGGAGCGUGCCAGCCACCCGCCUAAGGGUAAUAAGUCUGGAACCUCCUCUACCACCCCCAAUAGGGGGGCAAGUACCGGCCAACAGGCCACAAGACCAGGGCGCCUCUCCAGCGACCCCAACUACGUCCCCGAGGAGGAGCGCAACCGCCGCAGGGCUGAAGGCCUCUGCAUCAAAUGCGGAAAGGCAGGGCACAAGUUUGCGGAAUGCUGCACCGGCUGGAAGGCCACGCCUAAGGAGGAAGGCGUCAAGAAAGAAGCCGCCAAAAUUGGCAAAGAGUCUGGACCCGAAUCGGGAAAAGACUAA